AUGGCGUCGGCGGAGCCUGUUGUGCUGCUUGGAGGGUCGAAGCGGCUCCUGGGAGGAUCUCUGAGGCUCAGUCAGAGUGACUAUCUUGGGCCCUUCUACCCCAAUUGCUCAAAACCAUAUGAGUGUCCAGAUUGUGGCAAAAGUUUCAAUCAGAAUUGCGGUAUAAUGACACACCAGAGGACUCAUUCCCAGGACAAACUGCAUGAAUGCCCCGAGUGUGGGAAAAGUUUCAGUCGUAAUUCCAGUCUGAUAACACACCAGAGGACUCACACAGGAGAGAGACCAUAUGAAUGUUCAGAAUGUGGGAAAUGUUUCAAUAAAAAUUCCCACCUGGUGACACACCAGAGGACUCACACAGGAGACAAACCAUAUGAGUGUCCAGAGUGUGGGAAACGUUUUAGUCAUAUUUCCAAUCUGAUAAGUCACCGAAGGAUUCACACAGGAGAGAAACCGUAUGAGUGUCCAGAAUGUGGGGAAAGUUUUAGUCAGAAUUCCACCCUCGUGACACACCAGAGGACUCACACAGGAGAAAAACCGUAUGAAUGUCAGUGUGGGAAAAGUUUCAGUCAUAUUUCCAGUCUGGUAAAACACCAGAGGACUCACACAGGAGAAAAACCGUAUGAAUGUUCAGAAUGUGGGAAAUGUUUCAGUAAUAAUUCAGACCUGCUGGUAACACACCAGAGGACUCACACAGGAGAAAAACCAUAUGAAUGUCCAGAGUGUGGAAAAUGUUUCAGUAAGAAUUCCAAUCUGGUGACACACCAGAGGACUCAUACAGGAGAGAAACCAUAUCAGUGUCCAGAGUGUGGGAAAAGUUUCAGUCAUAAGCACUCCCUGGUGAUACACCAGAGGACUCACACAGGGGACAAACCGUAUGAGUGUCCAGAGUGUGGGAAAAGGUUCAGUCAGAAUUCCAGCUUGGUGACACACCAGAGGACUCACACAGGAGAGAAACCGUAUGAGUGUCCAAUGUGUGGGAAAAGGUUCAGUAAUAAUGCCAGCUUGGUGACACACCAGAGGACUCACACAGGGGAGAAACCGUAUGAGUGUCCAGAGUGUGGGAAAAGUUUCAGUCAGAAUUCCAGCCUUGUGAUACACCAGAGGACUCACACAGGAGAGAAACCAUAUGACUGUCAGUGUGGGAAAAGUUUCAGUCAUAUUUCCAGUAUGGCAAAACACCAGAAGAUUCACACAGGAGAAAAACCCGUAUGAAUGUUCAGAAUGUGGGAAAUAUUUCAGUAAUAAUUCCGAUCUGGUGAUACACUAGAGGACUCACACAGAGGAAAAACUGUAUGAGUGUCCAGAUUUUGGCAAAAGUUUCAAGUCAGAAUUCCAACCUUGUGAAACACCAGAGGACUCACACGUGUGUGCCCAGAGUGUGGGAAAAGUUGGUCAGA